GAGACGAACGAGGCGCGGGAGUAACCAGUAGCGAAGCAGCAGAGUAUAACAGUGCCCAGUUUCGUGCGCUUCCAGUUCAGUCAGUCGCCGCGCUCGGAGCGAAUCAGACACCCAGUCACGUCGGCGGGAUUCAGCUGGUCUAAACUUUUUUUUGUUUUGUUUUAAUUGCGUGAAUGUUUGAUUAGUUGUGGUGGUGGUGGUGUAUAACUUUUGGCUGGUUUCUAUCGCGUGUGUGACACUUGACAAAGGGGCUGGAUAAUAUGGAGGAGGAUCGGGUUGAUAAGUCUUUGGACGGACACGAUGUACGCCAAGACUAAUAACCAGGUGCAACCGGGAUCGAGUGAAGCAGUUGCCGAUGAUCACCUGCCGUUGUUUGAUUUCCAUCGAGCCCAUCCGUUGACGGAUGAGCCAACGCUAGCCAGACUGGAUCCUUAUCAACAGCAGCAAAUCUACCCUCCUGCACCCAACCAGCACCACCCUCAGCACCACCCCGUUUACCUGGCACCGUCGUCCAACAUCCAGCAGAAUCUCCAACAGCAUCGCUCGUCCUUUUCUUCGACCUCCAACGGAACUUCUAGCAUCCAGCAGCAGCAGCAACAACACGGAUCAACUCAGCGUCUAGACUUCCGGAAUCUUUUGCUGGCGCCACCGGCGGCAGCGCGAAACGCUCGCGACGGAAGAGGUAGCGUCAGCGCACCGGCCACUCCGGUCGACGAUAGUGGCAGUGGUGGUGGUGGCGGCGGCCUGGUUAUUGCCGCCUCUACGGUCGUCACAGCGGCCGUCCCACUUAAUUUCAACGUCUCGUCGUCUUCUUCUUCCUCCACUUCGAAUUCCGGAAGCAAAAAUAACAGCGGGCUAGGGAAAUUCAUGAUGAAGAAGGUCAACUCUUAUUCGAGUGGCGCAGCCAUGGCCGGCUCCGCCCCAUCCGAUUGUGUCCUCAGGGAUCUCAUCCAUCCGGCGCACGCCGACGCCCUCAAAGCCCACAGCGCCCUGGCCAUGAAACUCCUCAAAACCGUUUCCGACUUCACCCAGCAAUUGGCCACCAUUGAGGAACAGCACGGCGAGCAGCUUCAGCAACUAGUCGAGACAUUCCGCAUCAGGAACGCCGAACUGAGGAAAGAAAGGCCCAACGGGAACUACGGCAUCUUUCAAGUCUGGGAGACGCUCCUCCAGGAAGUGGAGGUGGAUUCGGCCGUAGUGGCCGACAUUGCCAACUGCCUGAAUCGCCAAGUGUCACGACCCAUGACGGACGGAACUUUUCACCGGAAACUGGAGGCACGCAAAAUAUUCCAGCAUCGGGAGCAGCUGGAAAAUGCCCUGGAAAAGGCGUCACAGCAACUGGACAAGAGUUAUCAGCUAUACGACGAAGCUUACCAACAACAUCUGGCCGCUCCUAAUACGUUGACGUUGGCCGCCUACGUCGAAUUGCACAACAACUACGUGCAGGAUGUUCAUGCAGCAAACGCAAUGGCCGACCAGUUUCACAACGUUAUCCUGCCGCAAUUGAUCCAGGAACUAGAGAGCGUCUACGUCGAUUUGAGCAAAACUAUGACCAAUACCAUCCAGCAAGGUUGCGAAGCAAUGUCGGAGAGGGCGGAAGGAUCUUCUUCGAAACGUUACAACGCCCUGGCGAAUCAAUGCCGGGCCGUCAACCCCAGCACAGAUUUGGCAACUUUCGUUCGCUCGGUGGUCGGUGGCAGCGGGAGCGGCCCUGGCGGUGGCGGAGGCUCUGUGCUCACCAUCCCGAGCUCGUUCAACAAGUUCACGUUCAUACCGCCAAGAAAUCCCCCGCCGGGAAGUGUGUCGUGCUCCCAGCACGAUAUUCAGGACGCAUCGCUGGUGCUGAAAGACGAGCUGGUUUUCGAUCGGCUGGCGGGAUUUUCUCUGCGAACCAAAUACGAUUCACUCAAGAAAGAUACUGCCGAAGUGGAGGCUCACGUACGACAGUUAAACGAAUGUAUGGAAUCGCUCACCCGCCUCCAGCAAAGAAGUUUGGAAUCCAACUCGUACAACAAAGCCAGCGAACUGCAAGAAGAGAUCUGCGCCAAGAAGUUGGAAUGGCGAAUGGCCCAGCUCCACCUUGCCGCCGUCAAAGCUCAGCGUGACUUGUACGGAUCCAAGGCUGAAAUGGUCAUGGCAGAAGUGGCGGCGGCUUCCGGCGGCUCCCAUCAGUCACUGCAACAACUCGGCAGCAAUCGAGGCAGCAAGUUUAACUUGAUGGCAGGCGGAAGCGGAAGUGGCGGAAGCGGUGGACCCGGAAUGAAGACCAAGUGGAUGAAGGCAUUCAGGACGCUGACCAACAGUUCGUCCUCGCACAACAUGACCGUGUCGGGUUCUUCGUCGGCCGCCACCGGAUCGAGUCCACCUCUCGCCAACAACAGAUCCACCACACCCGAACAAUGCAAUGACAGCUUAUAUUCAAGCCGAGGAUCUCGACUCUAUCAGGCAGUCAUGGCCGUGAUUGCCCUCAGGAAGAGCCCCAGUUCGUCUAGCAGCAAAUCAGAGAGGCGAGAACAGCGGAGCUCAAAUGUGUCGGCCACCGUUGCGGCGGGAGUGUCGGGAGCUUUUCAUUCGACCAUGUCGUCGUCGGACCUGCUGCAACACCAUCAUCUAAUGCAGAAUCAAGAAGGCCAACGUCACGUAUUCCAGGAGAACACUUACAAAAAGAUUACGCCGUGCGAUGUCUGCUCCCAAGUUCUAAGAGGGCAUUCGCGUCAAGGAUGGAAGUGUCGCCUGUGCAAAAUCAACGUCCACGCCGAUUGCAAGUCGGGAGUGGGCCGUUGUCUGCCGAAAUCGCGGCUGCUGCGCCGGCAAAAAUCCAGCUCGGAGCUGGAGACGUCGGCGUCACAAAGGAUCAUGUCGGCCAAUUACGAUCCGCAAUACCAGUUCCAGCAAGUCCAGCAGCAAAUGCAGGCGGCAGCGGACGAGGAGACGAUAGUCGGUGAUGAUGGACCGCUCAAUUUCGGCCGGGAGGAAAUCGACCAGACGUACAUCGUGCUGAAACAGGCCAGCGAAAUGGCAGUUUCGUCCAGCUCGGGCAACGUCUCCGGCCGACGAACCCAGCAGCAACAGCCGUUGCCGUCAUCAUCGCUGGAUCAGCAGCCGCAACAGAAUAUCUCGGCCAGCGAUCAGUCACUUGGCAGCAGUACAGGGGCAAUCAACCGGACGGGCUCCGCGAGUGUCAUGCGGAUUACCACGUCAUCCACUCAACUGCAGCAAACGGCUGCGGUGGCGGGGGCCUCGUCAUCGUCAAGGAGAGCUAACCCGAAUUCACUCAGCGUCGGAGAUCCUUCUUCCUCUUUUCUUUCGUCGAGUUCAGCGCCGCACAGCCCGCGGCGUCAUCAGAAGCUCAAUCUGCGGAUGAAGAGUUUCUCGCUGGACGAAUCGGGCGAGCACUUCCAUCAUCACGGAAGCAUGAGCGUCGGAUCUGGCCACUCGCACGGAUGCGGUCCGCCCAACGGCCACCACCGUCUCACCCACCACCGCUCGUCCAACCCGAACGCCGCCACGACGACGACGACGACCAGCAGCAGCGGAACGCUCAACAGCAACAGCGCCCACAACAGCCAGGCCUCAUUCUACUGCCAAUCUCCUUCAAGUCCCGUGCAUCACAAUCGACGUUUGCUGCUCAGCGCCAGAAACAUCCGGAUGAACUCGGUCGAGUUGCCGGACGAGAACGAGAAAUCGCAGAGCUCGGCCAGCGCUUCUCCGUGUCCGUCGCCCAAGGCGCAGAGGCUCCUGCCCACUAACCUCUACGUGGUCCUCUUCAACUUUAAAGGCAGAGAAGCCGACGAACUCGAUCUUAAGGCUGGCUACAAAGUGACAGUGAUCGAUGCCAGCGACCCGGACUGGUGGCGGGGCAAAUGUUUGGGACAGAUUGGCUUUUUCCCUUCAAAGUACGUGGCCAAAUUGGCACCCAACGAGAAACCCCUGCAGGUGACGCACAACUUGCAACUCGGAGGCAACGACGACGGGACCGAUUCCGAUCCGAAUCGUCUCACUAAAUUACUACGGGAUCAGAUUGUGAUACAAAUUGGAGAAGAGCUGAACGGGAUGGUCACCGUUCGCAAUGGCGAAAAUAAAACAGGAUCCUGCCCAACUCAAUAUUUACAAGAAGUCUGAAUUAGAGACGAAUAGUAUUGACGAUUGCGAAUUAAGGCUGCACACGGAAUCGGAGUUUUCACUCUCUGUAGACCGUAGGGAAAAAACAAUACGAAAUUAAUCAAAUCGCUUUUGGUUUUCAACCGCUCCACAGUUUUGACACGCCCCUGAAUUAAACUGGAAUCAUAAAAACCAGACAAAUGUUUCGUUUCAGCAUUAAAAACAUAUUUUAAAAAUUUAUUUGCGGAUUUAGAAAAUAACAAUAGGAAAAUUCCGUACCGUGUGCAAGACCUACUUGAAAUAAUGAUAUAAUUUCUUUGGUUAGUUCGUCGGCAAUUUUUCAUACUAAUAGAAUUUACGAAAAAAGUUCCUUAACACACGAAAAUCCACGGCCGUUCUGGAACUUGAAUCCCUUCCUUCCCCCCUCUCAAUUUUGACCUUUUGCCCAAUAUUUUUAGAAGUAUUUGUCUUUUCAUCACGUUGCCCUCAAGCACCAAAUGUAAUUAACCUAUAUACAUGCAUAACUACCUGUUAUACCUGGAGAUGUUCGUCAGAAGA